AUGACGUCAUCACCUAAUCUGAUGAAUUCAGCGAUCGAGAUGUCAUCUUCUUCUGUUUCAUCAUCAUCAUCACCCAACACACAAUCACAAAAUGUGGCUCAAUCAUCGCCUUUGAAUCAAUCCCAGAUUCAUCACAGCAAUGACGAUGAUCAAAUGGCUCCUAGAAACUCAGUAACUGAUGGUUCAGCUGACAUGACGACAACGGCUUCAACACAAUCAAUACCAACACACGCGGGCGAAUCAACAACGCUAGGAAAAGUUGCCUACAGUCGGAGAAACAAUAGCAGUAGACUUUCAGAAGUGGCUCCACUGGUGGCUGCGUGUUCUCAUCUAUUACAGCCGAACGGAAGCAUAAGUGGGGAUCAAGUGGCUGACGCUAUCCUGCCAUACUUUCCUGAUUUGUGUAGUGCUUUGCCAGCCCAAUCUGGACAGGGUCAACAAUAUGCUCACGACGAAUCAAACGAUGAAGGAGAAACAUCUUUCUCUCCGUCGUCUCAUUCCAGCAGUCGCGUUCGUAUGCAGGCUCCGUUUGCCAAUCGACAGGGACUUUUGGGAUUGGAUGGUGUCAAGAGACCAUUGACUCAUGCGAGGAUUAGACAGUUCAUCUUACAGGAACUAGGACCUCAAUUGCAUCAAUUGGGAUACGGAAGAGGAAGUCGGAUAGCAUUGGUACUACCAAAUGGCCCCGAGCUAGCACUUGCCAUCUUGGGUGUGGCCCAUUGGGCAUCCUGCUUGCCUCUCAAUGCUAAUGGUGCACCAUCGGAACUCAAGAAGGAUUUGAAACUUGCAAAACCAUCGCUAAUUGUAGGAAUGAUAGAUGACGACAGUUCACGUUCCCUUCAGGAUAUGGCAAACGCGUUGAAGGUACCCUAUUGUGCACUUCAACCGAGUACAACCGAAGUUGGUGUUUUUCAUUUGAUUCCGGCUCAUCUCCUUACUUCAGGUGGAGGGAAUAAUCCAGCCAGCGGCAAGACAGGCCCAAACAACAAAAUGCCAAAAGAAGAAGGCCCCUAUGAUACCAUGACUUGCCCGGAAACAUGCAAAGGUGAAGAGAACGCUCAUGAAAUGGAUUCCAUGGAUUUCAUGUUCCCAAAUGAACACAGCGAUGAAGUUUUGGUUUUGUUUACUAGUGGCACAACUGGAAGCAAGAAAUUGGUGCCUCACAAACUGGGUGAUAUGCUCAUUGCCGCAGCCUGCAUUGCUGUCAGUUGGAACCUGUCUCCCCAGGACGUGAAUUGCAACCUAAUGCCUCUCUUUCAUGUUGGUGGGAUUGUCCGACAGGUGUUUGCGCCGAUCUUGAGUGCCGGAUCUGUUAUCUGCUGUUCUUCCUUCGACCCCUCAAUAUUUUGGCAAUUACUAUUACAACCUCAGCCGCAAGGCAGUCAACAACAGCAGAAACAACAACACGGGCUGCAAGUGAAUACUGUCUUUUCUUGGUAUUAUGCGGCGCCUACAAUGCAUCAAGUCAUCAUCGACAGUAUGCCGGCUGCAUUGAAAGCUGCCACCAAAUCCACAGGAUCUACUCCAAAACCGAAACUUAGAAUGAUUGCCAAUGCCGCGGGAGGGCUCUUGCCUUCGCUAGCCGAAGAACUUCGAGAAGCAUUCAAUGGUGCUAAUAUAUUGCCUAGUUAUGGCAUGACAGAGUGUAUGCCCAUUUCGUCCCCACCUCAUAACUAUCAAUUGACCAAACCUGGAACAUCUGGAGUGGCAGUUGGCCCACAAAUUACAAUCUUUAAUUCCAACUUUGAAAUUUUACCACCGGGGAAGGAAGGGAGGAUUUGCGUUAGAGGUAGACCUUGCUUCCACGGAUAUGGUGGAGUGGCGCCAGAGGAAACUUUCCUAGAGGGAGGCUGGUUCAAUACUGGCGAUCUUGGAUACAUGGAUGCUGAUGGAUACAUUUACAUUACUGGUCGUUCCAAGGAGGUCAUCAACCGAGGUGGCGAGAUCAUUAGUCCCAUGGAAGUAGAAGAGGAAGUUAGCUCGCACCCGUCUGUCAUUCGAUGUGCUGCAUUCUCAGCACCCCAUGAUGUGCUGCAAGAAGUGGUUGGGAUCGUAAUUGUCACAACCCCAAACGUCCCCAGGUUAGACCUGCCAACACUUCACGACUUUUUGGAAUCUCGAUUAGCAACUGCGAAAUGGCCCCAAGUGUUGGUAUUCAUGGAUGCGUUACCGAAAUCGCAUACCAACAAGUUGUUGAGGGUCAAGCUAGGCCAGAGGCUGAAUUUACCCCAGAUGAACGAUGGGAUGUUUCCAGUGGAACGUACGUUCGAUGCUACUUGUCCCCCUCAGGGUACUCCCGUCGGCGUUUCCAUACCUUGCAAGCCUGUGGCGAUUGAACCGGAGCAAGUCCAGCAAGUAUUGCGGGAGAUAUUCGGGCUGCAUGAUGGGGCUCAUAGUCGAGGUGCCCAACUAGUUGCAACGCACCACCCGAGCCGAUACGGAUCUCUGAUUGUGCAUGUCACAAAUCUUGAUAGGCACGAAAUUAUUCAAUCUGCAAAGGAAGCUUUGGAUGCGUACCAGCAACCCUCGCACGUUUGUAUACAUGCUGACAGCUCUAUUCAAUUGACUGCGGAAAGUUGCGCUGCGAUCAUUCCUCAAUCCAUGGAUGCAGUGGGUUAUGUCCAAGGUAAUAUGAAUGGAGACUCGAACCAAGAGGACCCAAUGGUACAUGAGCUUCAAAGAAUGAUGCAAGAACUUAUCGACUUAGAUUGUUUGCCGUCACCGGAUACCUCAUUCUUUCAACUUGGUGGGACCUCUCUUCUUGCUUCUCAAUUUGCCAGUCGAAUACGGAAGACAUACAAGAUUUCAUUUAGUGGGGCUGAUGUGUUUCGACACAACACUUGUUUCGCCAUCACCAGCAAAAUCAAAUCUAAAACAAGCACGAAUCCGUCAGACAUUGGAAAUAGGCUAACCGGCACGAAUGGAAGCAUUUCUGCCAAGAACACUGGUGCUGGCGGGGACAGAGUGGCCGAUCUACAAGGGGUGCAGUUUGACGCAACCCGAUUGGAACCGAAGAGCGAAUGGCUUGCAGCACCCUUCCAGCUUCUGCCUGGUUUUCUGGUCUUCCCAAUAUGGCAACUGACGCGAUUUUUCCUCUUGUUCAUGAGUCUCCUAGAAGUUCUUCAUCGAAUUCCCUGGGAACGAAACUUUUUGAAGUUGGUUGCGACUGUUGUUGUAUAUUAUGUUAUUUGGAACCUCGUGGCUCCACUAGGCUUUGUGAUCAUCAAGUGGCUUGUGAUUGGAAAAUAUAAGAAAGGGAGGCAUGCAUUAUAUAGUUACUACUAUCUGCGAUGGUGGUUUGUCGAUGUGUGCCGGAAAAUUUUUGGCACCGGUCUUUGGGGCUCCAACACUGCAAUGUUGGUCGCCUAUUAUCGAAUGCUGGGUGCAAACAUCUCGUGGGACGUGCGAUUGAACUUGUCAGCCGAAAUUGCAGAAUAUGACCUCGUGACAAUUGAACCUGACGCGUCCAUCGAAGAUGCGACGAUACGUGGAUUUGGUGCUGACAAUGGUGCCAUGAUUCUCGGUCCUGUGGCCAUUGGGAAGUCCUCUAGCGUUGGUAUUCGAUCUGUGGUAGCGCCAUACACUAAAAUACCGGAUGGAAAACACGUUGGCCCGGGGACGUCGAGCUAUGAGAUUGGGGAUGAGGAACUUUUGCACUACAAUCGACAUGCUGUGCGUGAACCAAGUUUCUUGAUGCAAGCUUUGGUGUGUACUCCCGUCACAAUUCUUGUGGAUAGCAUCGCUUUACUACCUGCAUUAUAUGUGCUGUAUAAGAUGAUAUUGAUGCACCGAAAUCAACACGGUGAUGGUGACUUUAGUUUCUCAACGAUUGGGGACUUGCUGGAAUGGCUUUGUGAACCAGCCCGUAUUCCAUAUUAUUUGGGGAUUCGGAUCGUUCGAGCAACGAUAUCACCGCCACUUUACAUAAUGGGUUCUCUGUUUGUAAAGUGGACAAUUAUUGGUCCGUUUGUGCCAGGGCCUCGCGACACCUCCUCGGAUUGGGAGCUCACUCGUCACUGGUUGGCGGCCACACUUUUCUCUCAAGAAAACGUUCAGGCUGUCACCGAUCUGCUAGGACGGCACUACGAAUUGACGUCGUCCUUUUAUCGAUUACUAGGAGCAAGAAUUGGUCUGCGGGUUUUCUGGCCGGGACAUCAACCAAUUACAUCUGGGGAAUAUGAUUUGUUGGAGAUCGGAGAUGACGUUGUGUUUGGUUCCCGAACUGUCAUUUGCAUGAGCACUACCAAGAGGUGCGAGAAAGUUAUAUUUUGCGCUGGUGCAAACAUUUCCGACAAUGCUAUUGUUUUGCCAGGCUCCAUCAUUGGGAAGAAUGCUGUGAUAGGAUCCAAUACUGUCUGUCCAGCAUAUCGAUACAUUCCACCCUCAAGUACUUGGGUCGGUUCCAAGAAAGGCCAGCCCAUACCAUUGAAUUCAGUCUCAUUCGACGGCGACGAAGUUGCAUACUCCAAAGAUGUGAAAGCGUCGGAGUUGGAAAUGAUUGGCGACGGGAGCACAAUACGCCCAUUUGGGCGAGCCCUUGGUUUACGUGAGGCCAAAUAUUUUGUGUUUCCUGGAUGGAUGAUGUCGUUUUUCAGCAUUAUUGCGGAAGCCCUUUCAGCAUGCUUUCACUCUCUACCACUACUUGGAACAAGUUUUCUUACUGCAGCCAUUAUAUAUGGCUGGAGGCCGUCCGAAAGAGAUUAUUCCAUCGGCGUUGCCCGGGUGGACGUAUACAUUACCAUGCUUGUCAUCUUUUGCGGACUUCACUUUUUACGCGUCUUGUUGACGUUGAUAUUUGAAGUAGUCGCGAAAUGGGCUCUUCUCGGUCAGCGCCAGAUGGGUCGAUAUAAUUGGGAUGAAUCGACUUACAAUCAGCGAUGGGAGUUCUACCAAGUCAUCAGCCGGAUUAAGAGAGUCCAUCGAUUAUCGUGCUUGGAUUUCUUUUCGGGCAGUAUUUUCAUGGAUUGGUACACUCGUGCCUUGGGGGGAUCUGUUGGGACGAAGUGUUGUUUGUACCCCACUGGGUGCGAUCCGUUUAUGCCAGAACCUGACCUAGUAGUGAUUGGAGAUCGCGUCGUCAUUGACACAGCUGCAAUCGUGUGUCACUUGAAUACGAGAGGUAACUUUGAACUCGUGCCAAUCAAAGUGGACGCGCAAUCCACCGUUAGAUCGAGGUGUCGUGUCCAGCAAGGUGCGCACAUGGAAGCUGGAUCAAUGCUUUUGGAGAAAAGUUUGGCCUUGACAGGAGAGGUAAUCGAGGCGGAUACUAUUUGGCAGGGUGCUCCUGCCACGCGGAUAUCGGAAUAUCAUUUGGGCUCGGGACUACUUCCAUCAGUAUCUUUUGGAAAGGACCAUCAUGUGGGUGCUAGAGGUAGCAAGGACGAUGACAAGGUCAAUUUGGAGGAAACCAAGCAUUAUUUUGAGCUUGUUUAA